GUGAUUUUCCAUGGUCAAAAUUAAGAACAAGUCCAGAUCGGGUAUAUAAAGCUCGGCAUCGACUAAACCUGACCUCAUUCGUGUCAAAGAACGGAACAUCAGUACAAUGCCUAAAUACGUGUUCACCUACUUUGACGGACGGGGUAGGGGGGAACCCGGGAGGAUGCUUUUUGCCGUGGCCGGAAUACCUUUCGAGGACCGUCGAAUCAAGCAAGAGGAUUGGCCAGCUCUCAAACCAAAAACUCCCGGUGGAUCACUACCAGUUCUGGAGAUAGAUGGCCAGCCUAUCACUCAAAGCCUGGUCAUUUUUCGACAUAUAGCAAGGACUCUUGGUUUAGAUGGACAAAAUUUGUUGGACAAAGCAAGAGUAGAAGAGAUUGUAGAAUAUCUUGUUGAAGUUAAAGCAGCUGGAUUUAAAGUAUUUUUUGGUCCCAAGGAUGAGGAAUCGCAGAAAAAGCUGAAGGAGGAUUACAUGGCAGCUCUAGAGAAAUCAUGUACUCAGAUAGAGAGGAUCAUGUCCUACAAUAAAUCCUCGGACGGUUGGGCUGUCGGCAAUAAGAUUUCAUUUGCGGAUAUCAUGUUGUAUGAAGCAUUUGAAUCCACUGUUGAAAACCAUCCAGCUGCAUUAGACAAGUUCCCUAAAGUGAAAGCCUGUAGACAGAAAGUCAAGACCAACAAGAAGAUGCAAGAAUACCUCAGCAAAAGAAAGCAAACGCCAUUCUAAUUUCUCUAGUCAUUACAUUGUAUAUUUAUUAGUGAGAAUGUUACUUUUAUAACUGAAUAUGUAACUGAUAGAAAGGAUAUUACUUUUUUGUAUCAUUUGCAAGGAAUUCGUGUGCAUGAGCAUCAAAUGACUUUGUAAAGACUGAAUUGUUUUAUUUCAACCUCAUUUUUCUUAAUAUUAUAUGUGUAUUUAACUUAUAGUUAGCUUUUUUUGUAUUUAUAAUCUUAUAUUUAUA